AUGCCAGCAUUGUCCUCUCAGCCCGUGAAGCGCGCCGGUGUUUGUCUUCGCAUCCCGGGGCCUCGUCGGUUUGAGCUCAAGGUGCAGGCGCGGCCCGGCAGGUGCACGCGCCGCCCCGGUCCGGCGAGCGGCGAGGGGCCCCCUGGCGGCGAGGCCGAGCCUGGCAGCCCCGACGGCGCCCAGUUCGCAGCAGUUCCCUGUGUUGGACAAACCGGCUGGUUGUACCUCCGAAUUGCCAACCCCAUGUUUGAGGGCAACAUCCUGAGUCUGCAGUGCCGAUGGAGGAAUGGAGCUCUGUCCCUGGCCACGUUCUACAAAGACGGGAAAUCACUCCAUGACCCAAAGGCCAAACAGGUUCUGCCCAUGGGGACAGCAACACUGCAAAGCAACGGCCAGUACAGCUGCACUGGGAAGGCAAGCUUCCUCCCGCACCUAGGCACACAAAGGUCAGAGACGACCACGUUUCAAGUCACCAGCUUCCAGGGGUCGGGGGAGUGGGGGCUGGGGUGCUGCUCAGGGAUCUGGUCCCUAGAGGCCAGCAGCUCUCCUGCCGGGAAGGAGGGGGAUGCCCUGGGCCGUGGAAGCACCCUGAACCAGCCCAGCCACUCAGUCCCAGAGACCCUGGGCCAGACCCUGCCCUCUGGAGACCGGAUGACCGACGAGACCCUCUGGCUCUGGUUCUGGUGGUGUGGGGUACAGCUGAGAGAGCUGUUCCCACCUCAGGACAAGCACCGUGAGGGGAGCCCGCCGACCCUGAGAUGCCAGACGGAGCUGCACCCCCGGAGGUCGGCCUCGGGACUCCUCUUCUUUCACAAAGAUGGCCGCACCUCGCAGACCCAGGGUCCCCACUCAGAGCUCUGCCUCCCAGAAACCCGGGAGGGAGCCUCUGGGCUUUACUGGUAUCAGGCCACCGCAGAGGAGCAGGUCCAGAAACAGAGCCCCCAGCUGGAGGUGAGGGAACAAGGUCAUGGGAACCCAGGGCCCGUAGAAAGGGGUCCCGGGGAGGAGGGGCCCGGAGCUUGGUCAUUCCACCCGAACGGGGAGAUCCAGGGGAGCCGGGGGGCUCCCCACGGAAGAGCCGCCCCCUUCCCCUUCCCUGUGACGUCACAGCAGGAUGCAGCGAGCUACUCUUGCCAGGCCGAGAACGAUGUCUCCAAUGAGACAAGUGAGCCCAGGACGCUCUCCCUGAAUGCUCUCUGGUGUCCCCUGGACCACCCUCAUUCCGUCUACAAGCUUCCUUUGGGCCACGCAGUUCCCCCUGAUGCCAGCCAUCCUGCCUCCUCCGCGCCCGUCCGGGGUGCGUUUCUGAAGUCCGUCCUCAGUGCUCGUGGUCACCCCACCUCACCCGUGGGUCCUCGGGGCUUGUCUGCCAUCACCAGCAGCCCCUGGCUGGCUCCUUGUCUAUCUGCGAGCCUGCCUGGUGUGCUGGUCGCCGCCACUGCACUUGUGGUGUACUUCAGACGCUGGGGAAAAACCGGUCAGUGACCUCGGUGACUUUCUUGGCGGCUGAGUUCCUAUGCCAGGCAGCCCAGCCUCUAAAGAGCAUCUCAGAGGACCAGCUGCUUCCUCUUCGGGUGCUGGGUGGGAGGAGGAACUUCUCUUCGGGUGUCACACAAAGGAGCCCGCGGAGGGACUCUAACCGCUUCCAAAACACACACACGCGCGGACACACACUGUCUCACACCCACAGUCACGCAGAGAUGCACAAAGCCACGACCGCACACCCGGGCCUGAA